AAUCAAUGCAUCACAGUAACCUUUGCAUGCGACAAAUUGCUCUUUUACCAGUUUGACCACACACAAAGCCAAGAACCCGGCACGCCGGUAAAAUGUCAACGGAAAGUUUAGUACGUCCCGGCUUGACGACGCCCUACGUUGGCAGCCUGCCAGAAAUCAAGUUACGCCUGCGCAAGAAAGUUCCCAAACUCACCGCGAACGAUGUCCGGCGGGCACGAAUACUCUACUACGAAGCGAUCGCCAGCGAACUGUACGAGGAAGGCUUCGUCAAUGGGGCCUUCCUGCUGCUGCAUCUGAUCGAGUACGAAGAUGUAAAUGUUGGCCGCACGUCGUACGCGUCGGUGGAAGGCCGACGGCUCCGGAACAAUGAAAAGCUGCUGAACUAUUUGGGUGGUGCGCUGGCCAGUGCGGAAGGUAGGAAGCGUAACCUGGAGUACGAUAGGGAAGUGAGCGAGUUGCUGGCGAUUGCCCGCCAAUUGGAACCGGAUCAGGAGAAACGUUGGUUAGCACGGCAGUUCUUCCUGAUCGCGCUGGACCGAUGUGUCGAUUGUGGUUCAGGGACGCGUGUGAAGAUCGAAUCGUUGGUGAGAUAUUAUUUUGCAAAGUUUCAAAUCGCACAGCAGCGAUAUCUGGUGCCGAUGAAGAUGCUGGAGCGGGCUGAUGAAGAUCUGGGUACGCUGGAGGGUGAGGAAGACAGUUGCAAAACGCUCGAUGAAGAUGGCGAAACGUUGUCGAUCGCCAUUAACACUUUACUGUUUGAAUGCAAUCGUAAGCUGGCGGAAGAAACGGCAGAGUCUCCGGCGUGGAUAGCGGAACAGUACAUAAGGGACGCGCACAAGGCCGCUUUAAAAACCUUGAAGCCAUCAAUUUUGGCAGAGUCCUAUCAAGCUUACGGGGACUUUCUUGUCCGAAAAGGAUCCCAUGAGGAGGCGUUGAUGAUGUUCCGGAACGGAUUGCAACAGGCUGAACUUGAUGGAGGAAUGCCGGAUCUUGCCUGCUCGGUUGGGUUAGCUCAGGCAGUUUGUUACCACAAACUUGGUCAAUUGGUGAAGUGUGACGCAAUGCUUCGGCGUGUGGAUCGCAUGACGAAAUGCUCAGAACAUUCGCUAAGCCGAGGAUACUAUUAUCUGACAUCUGCCGUCCAGCAACAGGAAGCCGCCAAAGCCGAUACCGUCCAGAUGGAACAGCUGAUGGAGCAGCUACGUUUGGCGGCGAAGAUUUUCGAGCAGUUCGGCCGGAUGGAUAAGUCACUCGAGGCACGCUGUCUCGAGGGACUGUUGCGAGCCGAGCCCGCGUUCCCCGAGUACGUCAACCUGUUCCCGUCAGCCAUUAGCACUUCCGACGAGGCGUUGUACCGGGUGAUCGAUCGUGUCGGAUUCUAGGCAGUCUAGCUGCUGGAUCUAUUGCGUCGUUUUUGUGACUUUUAUGAUCCCUCUCUCUCUCUCUCUCACACUCGGAUGGGUAGUAAAAUUCCAGUCCGUAGCAAUUAAUUAAUCAAACAAGAUCAACACCUGGCCCAGCAGGCUCACAAACCAGUGGAUAGCUGUUUUUUUUAUUAUUUCUUGCCAGUAUCACUUAAGACACCACGAACUUUGAGUGA